AUGGCAAGCAUGCAAGAGAUCGAGGCUGCAGGUGCUGCCGCCCGAGCGAAGUGGCCACAAAUCAAGAGAACGAAGGUCUUGGAACCGCUGUCGAUAUUGAGGGCAUCUCGCACCGCAUGGAGGAACGGAGAGACAUUCGCUCGAGUGUGCGACGUCAAAGCCACCGAGGCGACAAUUGAAUGGAUGAAUGGAACAUGGAGCGAGGAGAGACUUGCGGCGUGGGAGCUGUGGAGAGAAGAAUACCUGCCGAAACUUUGCGAGGCUGCGCAGAAUGGUACUCUCGAGGAGCUUCACCAUGCAGAGGAAGGAAUGCGGUCAUUCAUGCAGCAGGUGGUGCAGUGUCUGGAUGUGAUCUUCUUUGGCGGUCGCCUGGCACCCUACUGCACAUUCAAGUUCGAAGCUUUGGAUGGCGCUCUGGGAGAAAUGAGACCCACCAGUCAUGGAAUCCGCAUCGCCGUGGACCUCGCGCGAUCUCCGAGUUUGCUGAGAAUGAUUGGCACCAUUCUCCACGAGCUCUGCCACACGCAUGAUCAGAUCCUGGGCUGCAGAUGCGGUAGCAGAUGCAGGCAAUGCGUUGACGACGGCGAGUACCUCGGGCGAAUCGCUCACCCCGAAUGCUUCUUCGACUUGUCGCUCCAGGUUGAGAACCUGGCCAGUCUUCUCCACGGAACGAAGAUCGACCUUGGUCGUGCGAAGGCCUUCACCAAUACCCUCUGCGAUCUCGGCACCUAUACCUAUCGCACAACAGUUCGUGAGCAGUUCACUCGAGCGGAGGAUUUGAAGCGGGUGGCUAAGUUUUGCGAGUUCGACGAUAUCCUGGCAGAAUUGGAAGAGAUGAUGGCAUCUCGGUCGGACUCAGAUUCUGAGGAUGAUGAGCUUCCCGACCAGCGGCUGCAGCGGGCAUCAGCGAGCGACGUGGUGCGGGCGAGUCGUCCUUUUCCGCGGCUAGGGUGA